AUGGAUAAAAAACAAUAUCACUUAUAUAAAUUAAUUGAACUUGGAAUUGGAUGGACUUGUUAUGUAAUGAUUGAUGAAGUUGGACAAGAAACGUAUCACACUGAUUAUUGUUUUGGAUUUAAUACAAUGAUUCAUAUUUAUAAUUCAAGAAAUGAAUUGAUAGGAAUUAUUCGAAGAACAGGUCAUAGUUACAAAGUGUAUUCCAGACAGUUUCAUCUUUAUACCAUCUAUGUUCAACAUCAUACUAAUAUGGUGGUGAGAACAAUUAAUACUUCUGGAAGAGAAGGGAAAGAUUUAUUAAUUUCUAAACAACCAGAAUUAUUCAGUUUUGGAUAA